AUGGUUCCUGCAGUGGUGGUGCCUAAAAGCUUGGCGGCCCAUUCCAGUGGGUUUCUGUCGGUGACGAUUUUCAAGUCGAUAUCUUGCAGCCGUCGGCGCGUCUUGCAUGGGGACCCCGCGGAUAGGGACACCCUUGCAAGUGGAGUGCUGUGCCGCCUGGGAGGCGCUGAUCUCUUGGGAUUUGCCUUCGAUGCAAAUUUGCUUUAUUCGGACGUUGAGACCACGCGCAAGACACCGGCCCUGCCUCCAGUCCUCUCGGCAUCUACUCGGGGCGGGCGCGGAUUCCUCAAGCUUGCUGUGGUCGUGCGCUGCCCUAUCAUCACCGGCGCGCCGAGUGCUGGCAGUAUGCUGCGCAGCAGUGAUCGGCGACUUCCGCAGCAUCGCACGAUUAACGAAAGACCCGACGCAUACCGGCCUCCAGCGCGCGCUCAUCCAAUGGCGGAUGGCUGCACCACCAGGCUUCUCACAGAUGCGCUGCCCAGGAAUGCGUCAACCUUCUUCCUUCUCCUCCUCUUUACCCUCCUAACGCUGUCGAUGAUGGCGCCUGUUGCGUAUGCCACAGAGGCCUGCCUGCGAUCGCCAGAGUCGAUCAAGUACGAUUCCCCCCUGCCCCAAACGUACAGCUUUUGGCCUCCUGUCAACAAGACUGAAGAAGGCCUCGGAUGGAUCUACAAUGCCGCGGACGCCAUUGGCGGCUUCCUCAUCCCGAUGCCCAAAAUACCCGCUGCCAUGUUGACCGAGGAAAUUUUCACGGCACCAGCCGACUUCGCCAGAUACAGCUUGCCAAAUGCGCUGCGCGAGUUUCCUCGAUUCGUCAUGGCGGCCACGUUCGGCAUUUCUCUCGCCUUGGUGUUCCCCGUCUUCGGCUGCUUACUGCUCACGUGCCGCUGCUGUUGUGGAACCUGCGGAGGAGCCAGCGACGCGUUCGAGGGAGAGAGGGACCACGUGUGGAAGUGCCUCUGCUUCUUUAGCCUCGGAAUCUGCUGCGCUCUUAUGACAGCUGCUGCAGGGUAUGCCAUCCUGAGCGACCUCUACAUGUAUACGGGCAUCACCAACCUGCUUCCUCACGUCAACCGUCUUCUUAGGGACGUGGAGACCCUCUACAACAAGACUCAAGAUGAAAUCGACACCCUCUUGAUGAAGGAUUUCAGUAUAUUCGAGAUGGAGAUGGGACAGAGACUGGACAGCUGCGUGAAGCUCAUAGCGGAAGACAGUGACAAAGGUACAAGCGGUGCUGUUUCUCCCCUGCUCGCCGUGGAAAAGCUAAUCAGCCACAUCGCCGCGAUGAAGAAGGCAGCAGAAAAGGCGAGAGAGUCAGCGCUGCACCUGGCAGACAACGUUUCCAGACUUGCAGAGGCGUUGACCUUUCCCACAACAAUGUCCCACGUGUUAAAAGUCAGCGAAAAGUGCUUCGCCCUGGUCCCAAGGCCUCCACCCUGUGAACCAGUCCUGGACGCUAAGGCACUUCUAAACGUACAGUCUGGCUAUCUACCUAUGGCCUCCGGUGUGCUAGACGUCCUCAGCAACUACACUGCCCAGCUUACCGCAAUCGACGCUGCUGCCCAGAAAGCUCAAGUUGGACAGGCCGCACAGGUGCCAAACUCGAAAGCUCAGUUUCUUCAGGCCGCUGGCGUAUCUGUUCAACAGGCCAAGGAUUACAUCCGCCAGCUUGGAGAUCACCUUGGAGACGAAGCCAAUUUGUUCUAUAUCGACCUGUUGGAGUUUCCGGAGGUACUUGCGCAGACUGUCCAAGAGAAGCUGGGAAAGCCUUAUAGGGCGGCCGAACCAUAUCUGGCAAUCUACACAAUCGUCAAGCUUGGCAUUAUCGGCGUGCUCAUAGUCUCCAUGUGCGCCUACGUGCUCGGUCUCCUCGUGGUUGCAUGGGGCCAGCCAGCCGGCUGCUGCAACUAUCGCUCGGGCCGUUGGUGCUUCUCUUGCGGAGCCUGCCUCUUUGUGCUGCUGUUCGGGUUCAUUGCGUUGGGAGCCACCGUGGGCCUGCUGGGCUCCAUCCUGGUCUCGCGGUGCGGCUGCACGCUAGCCGAACACCUCGGCCAAUCAGUCCUCGUCGAACCCAUCAGGUUUUUCCAGGCGGUGGUGAAAGAGCGUAUAGGAGGCGAUAUCCUAAUAAAGGUCUCCACAGCGGUGAGCGCCGAAUACAUGGUCGGGGCACUGGCACGCUUCGACGAAUGCGAGGGCACCAACGUCAGCGCUUACCGCAUAAUGGGCGAGCCAUUCGUCCGCAACUUGUCUGCGGCCUUCGGCAGCGAGAAGGAGGUGGCCUUCCUCUGGGAAGGCUUCAACUGGACGCAGCUGCAGGAGGAGCUCGACGGCAUUGCCGGUCCUCUCGGCGGCGGGGCGGACGACGCCAGCAAGUUGCAGGACCUGGCGAAACUACUUAGUCCUUUGUUGAAUUUCUCGCUGGAUAUUCCAAAACCCCCAUCAGAGCCGGAUCUCAGCACACAGGUGCGUACAAUUAACACAAAUACUGAUAAUGCUGAGAAACUCAAGCAGGCCUUGGAAGAUAUGAAGCCAGUGGCAGCAGCUGCCGGUCUGGAAGCAGAUGUGAUAAGUGGGCAAACAGAAGUGGACAAUAUUAUAUUGAAAUUUCAGCUGUGCACAAAGGCGAAGAACAAGGUCGUCGAGAACCUGGAAAGCAUUGAAGAUCUUGUGAAGAUUAAUGGACGACCUGCAGACGACUUCAAGGCGGAAACCAUCAAAACCUUGGGAGACAAGAAGGCGUCGCAUGAUCAGCUAAACAAGGCGAACGCAUUACUUGAAGAACGCAAGCGCAGCCUGUCUGUCGUGGUUAAAGGCUACUCCGACUACGUCAUCUACAAGAUCAAAGAGGACUUGGCGAGGUGCCCUCCAGCUUACACCAUGUACUCUUCGUCUCUAGUGGUCGUCUGCAGUGGCGUUGUCCACCCUUUCAUGGGGUUCUGGUUCUGCGUAGCCACGUACCUCGCUAUAGGAAUUCUGGCGAUGUUCAUGGCCCUUUUCAUGUCCACGCUGUACUCUAGAAAGCCCAGACCAAAGCCUCCAGUGACUGAGCCUGAGGAGCUCUUCAGUCCUCCAGUAAGUCCGGAUGUAUUUUCAAAGCCCACCUACAGCACGUCCAUGGAAUCCGUGGCAACGAAGCCUAGCAAGAAGAAACGGAAGCCAAAGAAGGCACCACCUUCAUCGAGUUCGUCAAGCUGCAGCUGCGUGUACACCGAUACGCCAACGCCAGAACCGGGACCAGCAGCAAGGAAGAAAAGAUUUAUUGAUUACUACGAUUGUUCGCCAGACGACGACGAUUUCAAUAUAUAUAUCAAAAUAAUGAAGGCGCACGGACACGAAGAGAAACCAGAGUCCAAAAUCAAAGACCAAGCAAAACCAGAGAUUGAAGUAAGUUCCAGUGGAGAUAUCUUCAUCCGGUACGAUGACGGGAUCAAUGUAGAGGCUAAGAAAAGCCCGAAAGGCGAAAGAGAAGAGGACAAACAAAAAGAGAAGGAAGAGCGUAAAGGGAAAUCUGGCACCAAUGAAACGCAAAUAGGCAUGCACGAAGAUGACCACCUUGAUAAGACAAAAGCCAUGACCAAGAAGGAAGCCUCCGCAGCAGCUGGAAAAAGAGGAAACGGACGGGGUGAACGUUCCCAGAAAAAAGAACUAUCGCGAAAAUUAAGCUCAGCUGCCCACGGAGAGAAAAUGCCCGGGCUUGACGGGAAGAAAGCGAAGGAAACGAAGGGCGAAAGUUCACCGAAAAUGGAAGAGGACGCCCGGCAGUCGAGCUUAGACACGCACGCCGAAAGGGGCGUGAAAGGAAGGAAGGGCGGCCAGCUGAAGAAGGCGAAGCGAAGCUUGUCUUUAGGUGGUCACGAAAGCAAAGAAAGUCAUUUGGAUGGAAAAAAGGGAAAGGACAAUGCGGCAGCUGCGCCUAAAGACAAGAAGCACACAGAUCUAAAGGAAUGGGGUGAAGGGGAAGACUCGAUCCAGUCCAAGCAUAAGGACAAAGGAGAAAAGAAGGGAAAUGCGGAAGAAAAAGGAGAAGGGACGAAGCAGAAGCAAGGUGGUUCCCGUCGUAAAAAGUCAACCACCGAUGUGCGAGCGCUCCUCUACGAGCCUCCACAAAGCGGAGUUGCAAGAGCUCUCCGCGCCAUAUCCCAGAGGGCGCUGCCACGUGACCUGGGAUCCAGUGUGCUUAACAGCAUCACCAACAGUAGCGUGAACCUGGCCAGAAGUCUCUUCAGCCGCUACCAGAACGUGCGAGGUGACUCUGAGGAGGAAGACCAAUCACCAGAGCCGUUUUCGCCUUGACCCUCGUGGCCAAUGUGCGCCAGUGUGCUAAAGGACAUGCGACCGGCGCCACGAGGAGAUAUAUUACAAAACAUAUUAACAUCUUGGACAAACAAAACAUCUUGGACUUUUCUUUGUUGCUUCGGAUAUGCGUAAUAUAUGAAAAACGGACUACCUUUUGCGCCUUAUGAUCAACCCAGCUACCGUAGACCAGGUCACCGAGUGUGUUUUUUUUUUUCUGAAAGACAAAGUACUAUAUUAAGGCGAAAAGAUGUCAACGUAUUUCUUGAACUUGUUUACUUCUGUCUUCAAUAGUCUCAUGCUAUUUCAUUGUGUCAAAACUAUUAGUCCCUUAAAGACCAGCAGGUUCAUAAACUCUAGAUCCCAUUCGUUAUAUUCGUAGUUUAUACGGCCAUCAUCGUACCACCAGUUUGCGAUACUUCUUACUGUUGCUGCAUGAAAUGGCAAUAACAUAACGGAACAUCAGUUCAUCACUCGCAAUAAAUACCUCGUUCGGUCUAUAA